ACCAGGCACGAGAGCUAGACUACAUAGGUGAGAACACGUUCUAGUUCACAGGUUUGGAGAAGAAACUUUUCUUCUCGCCCAAGCAACUAAACAACCCUAGAGAAACCAAACUCGUUUCAUCAAGUUUUUUCAGAUCCGAUCUCAAUGGCACUAACAUCCAAUUCUUAUUCGGUUCGUUUUCCUAUGGAUACCGGUAGAUACACGACACUUGAAAGACCAAAGCGACCUCGGAUUGUUUCAGUUCGCCGUGCUGCAAACUAUCCGAGUAUAUUUGCAAAAAUCCUAGAAAAAACCGAGUCCAUGGGGGUUCCAACAGUUGUAACCACCGCAGCUUCGGUGGCUGAAACUGCAAUGCUGGCUCGAUCGUUAGCCCGAAGCUACUUGCCUCCCGAAGUGCGACAAUACAUCUCCUAUGAAGUCCGCAGCUUCGUCAAACGCUCCAUGGGUCAUUACUUUAAUAAUUCCUCUCAGAUGACGAUAACCAUCGAAGAGUUUGAAGGGUAUAGUCACAAUGAAGUCUUUGACGCUGCAAAGGCCUAUGUAGCCACCAAGAUCUCUCCAUCUAACAAAAGAAUCAAAGUGAGUAAACACGCGAAAGAAAACAACUACAACGUCAGUGUGGAACGUGACGAGAAAGUUAUGGACGUUUACGAUGGCGUCCAGUUCCAAUGGGUCCUACGUAGCCACCAUGUUGAGGAAAAGAAUCACGACUCCGGAUCCAGGUCGUUCGAUGUCAGAUCAUUCGAGCUCAAGUUCGACAAGAGGUUCAAGGACGUGGCUCUUGAAUCUUACUUGCCAUUCAUGGUGAAAAGAUCCACUUUAAUGAAACUCGAGAGGAAGAAACUCAAGCUCUUUACUCUCGACUCAGAUUAUUCUUGGUCCUCAGACAAGUGGACCUCUGUAACUCUCGCCCAUCCUUCUACUUUCAAGACCCUAGCAAUGGAUUCAGAUGUCAAGAGAAGUGUGAUGGAAGACCUUGACAAGUUUGUGAAACGGAGCGAGUACUACAAGAGAGUUGGUAAAGCUUGGAAGAGAGGGUACUUGUUAUACGGUCCACCAGGGACAGGGAAGUCAAGCUUGAUUGCAGCCAUGGCUAACCAUCUCAACUUCGAUAUUUAUGACUUGGAGCUGACAGCUGUUGAAGACAACUCUGAGCUCAGAAGGUUGCUGAUUGACACUGGUAACCGUUCAAUUCUUGUGGUGGAAGAUAUCGACUGCUCCAUCGCGUUGAAUAACAGGACAACCGAUGAAGGUAAACCUAAGAAAUCGAAAAACAAGAAAGUGACACUCUCUGGGCUACUAAACUUCACUGAUGGUCUAUGGUCAAGCUGCGGCGACCAACGGAUCAUAGUAUUCACAACCAAUUACAAAGAGAAGCUAGACCCUGCCUUGUUGAGGCCAGGACGUAUGGAUGUGCACAUUCACAUGUCGUACUGCACGCCUAGUACUUUCAAGGCUCUUGCUUUGAACUAUUUAGAGAUCAAAGAGCAUCCACUUUUUAGCAAGAUCGAGGAAGGUAUCAAAGCGACAGAGGUCACUCCAGCGGAUGUAGCUGAACAACUUAUGAGGAAUGAGUCUGUUGAUAGUAUUCUUGAGGGUUUGGUUGACUUCUUGAAAGUCAAGAAGAUCAAGAACGAACAAGAGAAGGCCAAAACUGAGGAGGCUGACUUAGAGAAGAAGAAAAAGACUACUAAGGGGAAAAAGAUUCAAAGGUCAAGAAAAAUGGAUGAGGUUGAUGAAGAAAGUAUUUAUGAGGAAUGAUCUUUUCACAUGUUGUUCUGUCGUCACCUUUUCACAUGGUGUUCUGUCUAUUAUUUUAUUUUUAUUAUCGAACAAGAUAUUUUCUACCAUAAUUAAAAACAUAAGUUAACUAAACCUCUGC